UCAACAACAUCCUCACACUAUUUAGACGGAAAAUGCCCCCAAGUGACACAGACCCACCUGAGCUGCACAUGUUCACCCUUCUCUUGUACUGGCCUGAAAAUGAAGGCCAGUGUGUUUAUGACAUCAGUCAAAUAAUUCAGCAAAUGCAGAACACUUACGAAAAUGCAUAUAAGAAGUACUUUCGUGCCAGGUAUCUUCUUCCUGUGUUUUUCAUUGGAAAAGGUGAAGGUGUGAAAAGAAUUGUUCACAGAACAAUUAUUGAAAAUCAUCUGAAAGCAAAACCAGAUUGGAGCGAUAACUGGAAGAAAGAAGAAAUCUUCAGAAGUCCUGAUGUCCAAGAGCUCCUUCUUAGACUUGAUGGAGUAGUAAGAGACUACGGAGUAUAUACAGGAGUUGGUGGUAAAGAGACUAAGAUCAAUGCCAAUCUGCAAAACAGCUGUUGGAAAAAACGUCAAGUUACCUUCUACCUUGGAUUUACUAUCAGAGGUCCUGUGGCCUUUGGCAUUCAGAAUAAAACUGCAGACACAGUUAUUGCAGAUCAGAAUGGGAAAACUCUGACCAACAGUGUGAAAGAGACCAAAGCUGCCCCUUAAGCUUUAAACAUCAUACAAGAUAACGGGGGACAUCCAAGUUUGUGAAUCCUGCUCAACAUCCCCCCAAUAGGAAAGUGAUUCUGAAGCUUCCUUUAUAGUAUUUAUGUCUUUUUAUAUGUAGGGGCAAAAACUAAAAGGGGAAAAUUGUGCUGUAGCUUUGAUGUGAUGCAUGUGAUCCAGCACUUUUAGUCAUGUAUGUAUUGUCUAUGCUAACACCUCAGAUUAAACAACAGACUUUCAGACUUUCUGAUUCUUAGAGAUGAUUUACUUCCUAAAAUUUGGCUUCUUUGCAUAGUGUCUAUUUAAUAUUUUGUUUAUACAUUUCUAAAGACUUUGCUAAUCAACAUCUGAAGAAAAAUGUCUCCUCAAAGUAUCGUUUUAAAUUGUUGUUUUGCUUCCUGUCUUGUUACUCCUGUGUUUUUUUCCUUCCUGUAUUCCCAGCUGUCUUCACCUCCCUGAUCACCCUCGCUGUGUAUAUACUGGCCAAAUCUGCCCUUGUCUGGUGCUGGAACGUAGGUUCUUUCUCCAUGCUAGUACUUUCCAGGUUAUGUUUCCUGCAGGCAAAGUCUUAGUCUACGUUUGCCUUUUGUUUUGUAUUUUGUGCAACCUCUAUAAAUGGCUUGCUUUUGUUAAGUCCCGUAUACAGGCAUCUGCAUUUGGGUCCUCUCAAUUAAAGGUUGCCUUUUUGUGUUUGUUUUAUGUGUUAGAUUCUAAAGUAUAAAAGAGGAUGUACAUGCUGUUAAAUAAAGGUUCAAUAAUGUUAUGGAUUUAUCCAAGUUUAAAUGUGAAAAGGAUUUAUAUUCAGCUUUUUGUUUGUUUGUUUGUUUGUUUGUUUGUUUGUUUGUUUGUUUGUUUGUUUGUUUUUACCCCUGUCUAACCAGUGUUUGAUUUCGUUUUACUUAUUGUUCUUGUCUAGUUUAGGAGAGCUGUUUGUUUUAUUAUCCGAG